CCCCCGGCAGAGGUGUCCACGCUACUGCCUGCCGUCACACGCGCGACCGCCGCCCGGCUCCGGCGCCACUGACCCCGCCGCACGCGUCCUCGCGCGGGGAAAGGCAGCGGAAAAUCGUGCGGAGAGCGCGGAGUCGGUCGGCGUCGGCCGGUUUUUCGUUCAGGCAGUGACUUAGACAGACACCACUGUGAGGCGCGGGGGCCUUAAAGGUGCCUCAACAAAGAUGGCGGCUGUACCGGAAGUGGCUUCAGCCGCAACAAAGAUGGCGGCGCGAAGGGGCGGAAGUCACGUGAUGCCACGCUCAAGAUGGCUGCCCGGUCACUGGUCCAUUGACCUUCUAAAUAUGGCGGCGGAAAAGGGCGGGAAAAAGCAAGGACCCUCCGGUGCGUCUACUCGACUGCCUGCGUACCACGCCGACACCGAUUCCGCUCCGGAGCGAUUUUCCGCGGCAUUUCCAGGCGUUCCGACACGGGCUGUGCGCUCAGCGGCGCCGGGGCCGGGUGCGAGCCGGGCCGGAGAGCUCGUGGGCGCCAGCAGGCAGUGGCGAAGACGCCUUUCUUUUCUCAAGUCCUGCCGCGGCCGCCAUCUUGGGUGUGGCGGAAGCCCGACCCGUCCCGUCCCGUCCCCUGCCGCCGCUUCCCCCCCUCUGCCCUCUCCCCCCCGGCCCGGGGAAAUGGAGGAAAACACAAUUCCAUCGGGCCCGAACAGUCGGCCGGGCUGCCUGAGCCUUUCUCCUGCCCGCAGGGGCGCGGCUGCCCGGAGCCGGGAGCGCCCAGCAGGAGGAGGCAGCUGCUGUGUUCGCCGGGAAGACUGUGGAGCAUUGGGAAGAAUAUUCGGCAUAGAGAAGUGAAAGGCACGAGGGGAGCUCCACGUUCCCGAGGAAAUGCUGUAGGCACCACGUGCAGCUUCUGAACAGCACCGAUAAUCCCGACUCCUACAGAAACCUCCUGAAAAUGGAAGAGACAGGGAAGAAAAUUCCAGGAGUGGUGUGGGAAGCGCUUUCACCCAGGUCUGGACAGCGCUGAGGUUGGAAUGGCUUCAAAAUGAUCCUUGUGCCUCUCCUGUUGGCAUCCCAGGCCUAAGUCUGUGUUCCCUGCGUGUGGAGGGAGGAAACGUGUGCUGGAGAGUGGGAGAAAGGUCCCUGCUGGUCGCUGUGUCCUCAGUGGGCAGAGAACUCUGACCUUGGCCAGGCUGGACCUGCACAAGGGCCGAGGUGAGACCAGGAUCUGUGAAAUCUCCCACUCCCUGUGUCUGGCCCAGGCUGAAGCCGUGUUUGCUGUCGGUGCUGAUGGAGUGGGAGCUGCUGAAGACUGGAAACUCCUGCUCUUCCCCUCAAUCCCAAGACUGUGUCCAUAAGAGGCUUCUUUCCUGGUGCCACCUUCAGGACACUUCCCAAGUGUGUGGAGGAAGCCAGGCUGUGCCAGCACAGGAACGGUCGGGACACGCCAAGCACAGCCGGAUCUGCUGCCUGGCCCUGUAGAACUCCUGGAAGAGUUUGUGGCCUCAAAAGGGUCUUUUCUAUUCUGAAUUUCUCUAGAACUCAAUUAAAAAUAAUAAAAUUGUA